AUGGCCCGUACUAAGCAAACCGCUCGUAAGUCCACCGGAGGCAAGGCUCCUCGCAAGCAACUGGCAACAAAAGCUGCGCGCAAAAGUGCCCCCGCUACGGGAGGAGUUAAGAAGCCUCAUCGCUAUCGGCCAGGAACCGUCGCCCUGCGUGAAAUCCGUCGUUACCAGAAAUCCACUGAAUUGUUAAUCCGCAAGCUGCCAUUCCAGCGUCUGGUCCGUGAAAUUGCUCAGGACUUCAAAACGGAUUUGCGAUUCCAGAGCUCAGCCGUUAUGGCUCUGCAGGAAGCCAGCGAGGCUUAUCUGGUUGGUCUGUUCGAGGACACCAAUCUGUGCGCCAUCCACGCAAUGACUGGCCGCGGCAAAGGAGGUAAAGGACUCGGCAAAGGAGGCGCCAAGCGGCAUCGUAAGGUUCUUCGUGAUAACAUCCAGGGAAUCACAAAACCAGCCAUUCGUCGUCUGGCUCGUCGUGGAGGAGUGAAGCGCAUCUCUGGAUUGAUCUACGAAGAAACUCGUGGCGUGCUGAAGGUGUUCCUGGAAAACGUUAUCCGCGAUGCUGUGACCUACACUGAACAUGCCAAGCGAAAGACCGUCACCGCGAUGGAUGUCGUCUAUGCGCUGAAACGCCAGGGACGCACGCUGUACGGCUUCGGAGGUUAA